CGUAGCCUCGAUCCGGAUUGCAUCAAAACAACAACAAGUAAAUACUACCUAGAGAAUUAUAAAGGAUUAUACCAUCAAAAUUUUGAAAGUGAGACAAAGCAAUAUACUGAUAUAUCAAAAAUAGAGGAAAGCAAAGCACGAAAUACAAGCAGAGUGGAGAGUCGACACAAUAAUAAAGCAAUCCCACGCUCACUGACUGGAGCGGCCACAUACCUCUUGCCCUUAACGGAAUAGCAGACUUAUUAAUUACGAAAAGUUGAUUCUCAUACCAGAGAAUAUAAGUUAGAUAAGCAUAGAGAAAUUCAUAGCAUUUGCUUUCAUUCCUUGUAAUUUUGUAGUAUUUACUGACGGAAAUCAAGUUAUUCCCGUGAGUGAGGAAGCAUAAACCAGCUUUGAGGAAAGCCUAGUCUUGGUUUAGUGUAGUGGUGGUGAUAAUAAUACUGAAAUGGAGGAAGAAGACUGUCCCAGCACCUCGAGCAGUCAAGCCACAUCACGAAGCCCAAAGGAAAUAGAUGAGAGAGACAAACCUAACCUAACAGAAAUGCACCUUCCUAGUCAGAGCCUUGAGGUGGAUCAGACUGGCAUAUCUAGCUCAGGAAAAAUGCACCUGCUCAGUCAGCCCACUCCACAGAACCCCAUGGAGCAGAGUGGCUCCCCUCACUCUGUGGAAGUAUCCCAAUCCAGGCAAUCCACACCUCAAAUGACAGAGGAGAUGGACCAGAGUGAUGUGUCUAACCUAGAAGAGCCUCUCUCUGGUCGGUCCAUCCCACUCAGCCCAGAGGAGAUGGAUCAGAGUGGCACACAUAACUUAGAAGAACUCCUUUCUAGUCAUUCCAGUGACCUGACAUUAAACAAGGAAAGCCCAGGUAUGGAAAGUAAGGACAGCACCAUCAUAUCAAGCACUAAGGACACCACACCAUGCCCUAUAGAGGUGCCUGUUUCUCUAUGUAAUGAGCUCACUGAUGAUAGCAACUUAGAUAUGCAAAGUGAAAGUUACACUGUCUCUUCAGUAAGUCAGGACACCACAUCAUGUUCAGAAGUGUCUGCAGUCAACCAGCUCAUUGACAAUAAUGUAACCACAGAUAGUGAGGACUGUGCCGUCACAUCAAACAUUCAUGCUGCCACUCCAUUUGCUGCAACAUCUCUACCUAAUCAGGAAAAGGGAGUGCCAGGGGUCGUAACGCCAGCUAUCCCUUCUCUUGUCGGAACAGCUUUGUUAGCCGCAGACAACCUCACAAAUACCUCCAGUCAGGGCAACAGUAAUGGGCAUUCAAAAUUUGAUCAGAAUGGUAAAAGAGGUCUAAAGAGAAAGAUCCAAUCAGCAAAUAAAGGUAUUCAAACCUCAAUUCCUAUCCUGGAUUCCAGUAGUAUUUUUCAUGAUCGCAUCGUUGACCUUGAUACCUUAAGGAAAGAAACUGGUGUGAUGUGCAUAGAGUCUCUGCAGGACUUGGAUGUGUCCCUGGAUGAGUGGCCCAUUCUCCUGGUGAGUCAGCUCCGUCUCCGAGACACCAUCAUCAACAACCUGAGUGGUGUUAUCCGGGACCUGGUGGAAGGUGGACAAAUGCUGGAGCAGGACCUGGACUACCUCAAACUGAAGGUCUUGGAGCUGCGGCAGGAGACAAAGAGGAGGGCAAAAGAAGAUAAGCAAAGCCACAAAAGUCGAGGAAAAGAGACAGAGAGCCAGACAACAGAGGAGGAUUUUGCUGAAGCAUGGAGCAAGUGGUACUAUAGCUCUUGGGGAGAUUACUACAGUGAAAGUGACCCUACCUCCUCUAUGUAUUGGCCUGGCCACUACACACAGCAAGCUACUGUAACUUCAAAAGAUGCUAAAAAGGAAGAAACACAGCAGGAGGUGGUUGAGAAGGAGCAAGGAAGAAAUACAGAUAAGCUAAAGGAAGAACUGAAUAGUGAAAGUGAAAGUGUCAAGAAGAAAAAAAAGAAGAAGAAAGAGAAAGGGAAAAAAUCCUCUCAUGCAGAAUUAGAAAAGAGGAACUCAGAAAAAAGGAGAAAACUUAAAGAUAAAAGAAAGAAAUACAAAAGAGAAGAUUCCAGCUCAGAAGAAAUUGCUGUACAGAAAGAAGAUAAAAGAACACAUAUGGAUAGAAAGAUAAAAAAGAAAGAAAAGGCAGAGUGUAAAAGGAGAGGAACAGAAGAUAAUAACAAGUCUCACAUCACUGACUCACCAGUUCCUACUCAACAAACCAAAGAAAAUAUUACCAACACAGCAUCUACCACUGAGCUGAAUGGGGCAGAGGUGGAGGAAGGCAAGGCUCUCGGAUGGGACAUAUCACAGAACAUCUCCCAGCAGGUGGCGUCUGUGGCAGCACAAGCAGUGGUGGACAGUGGCUAUGUCUUCCAGGAGGAGUUAGGUCUCUACUAUGACUACAACACUGGUUAUUACUAUAAUGCUGAAAAUGGUCUUUAUUAUGACACCAAAAGUGGGACUUACUUCUACUAUGACCACACCACUCAGAGCUACCAGUUUCACUCCCAGGUCAGCCCGACCACCACCUCCAGUGACAAGAAAAGCCGUAAACGAAAGACUACUAAAAGGGAAAGAACCAAAUCAUUAAAUAAGAAUGAGGAUAAAGGAGACAGAGAAGAAGGAGAGUGCACAGAAUCAGAUGAUGGAGAAGAUGAUGUAGACGAAGAGAAUGAAAAAGAAGAGGAAGAGGGAGGAGGCACAACCUCACCAAUUCAACAUGAAGAGCCGCCUGCGGAGAUCCCACCCUCACUGCGGCUGAUGGUGGUGGAGGGUGGGGAGCGGGUGCGUGUAGGGGAUCUGCAUGUGGUCACCUUGAAUGGGGGAACAGUGGGCAGGGAGUCAACAAAUGAUGUUCAUCUUCCUGACCUUAAUGUGAGCAAGGUGCACGCUGAGAUUGAGUAUCGCAGCACAGGAGCCGAGGACCACCACUACUUUCUUCGUGACCUUGGCAGCAACAACGGCACUUUUGUAAACGGCGUAAGGCUCAGUGAAGCACGGCAACCUAGCAAGGAGGUGGAGGUAGGUCAUGGGUGGGAGGUGCAGUUUGGCCCCAUCAAGGUCAAGUUUCACCUGCACCCUGGUAACCUGACCUGUAAUGAGUGUGAACCAGGCUUGGUGCUGCAGGCUCUUCCUUCACACAAAUCAGGAGAAGCUAUCACCUCCUUCAAGAAUGCAAAAUCCAAGGAGAAGGCAAGGAGAAAAGAGCUAAAGGCUAUGCAGAAAAAGUACAAGGUGACUCACCAUAACCUUCAGUCCUCUUCCCCUGCUGCUGGCUACACGGACCGCACUCUCCUCCGUCAGACUGAAAAAGGUUCAGACAAUCCCUAUGAAAAGACAGAAGUGGCAUCCUCAGAGAUUCCCCUGAAGAAAACCAAUAAAGGAUUUACUCUGCUGCAGAAGAUGGGGUGGUCGCAGGGCCAAGGUCUUGGCAAAGCUAACACUGGAAUAACAGAACCUGUGCAGCCGGUGAGUGUGGUGGGACAAGCAGGCCUUGGAAGCUCUCAGGUGUCUGCUUUAUCUACCCCUGAUACCUGGACAGAGAGGAGGAGGAAGCAGCUGCAGAUCACACAGGAGCGCUACAAGCAAUCCUCAUCAGGCCAUUAGGCACUGCUGGAUCAAACUACCUGUCCUGCCCUACGGUGGAUGUGGAUAUGUGUAGUACAUGAAUCCUGGCAGCAAAAUACCUGACACUACACUACAGAAAAGAGGCAAGAUAAGAAUAUUAAAAUGCAAUUAUUAACAAUAACGAUAAUGAUUUUCUGAAGAUCUCUUUCAUCAGUGGUGGAUCUGAGUUAUAGGAUUAUGGAAUUAUUAUUUAUAGGGUUUGAGAACUAUAAAAGUGCCUAUCUUAGCUCUUGGGAAGCACCACCUGUCCAUGUACCCUGUCCCUGCAAAAUCCACUUCCCCAUGCUGUAUUUUUAGGUCAAAUCAUGAAACUCAGGGGGUUGUAUUUCACAAUCAUCACAAAUUAUCCAUUCUCUCUCAGUGGACAUACCCUCCAUAUACACUCAUUAUUUUCACCUGUCAUAUUACCAUUGUUUGUCCAUGAUAUGUAUGCUAAACUACUAUCUUCUGUUCAGUGUCCACAUUAAUUAUGUCUAUUAUGGUAUUCAAAAGUACUCUUUAUUUAUUUAUUUGCUCAUUUUUAUUAAUGUUAUUUUGUUAUGGUUGUGCCUAGGCUUCUGAGGUGUAGCACAGCAGCUCAAAAGUCUAUCUCUUACAAUCAUAUGUCAACAGGGAUAAGUGUGUGUGUGUGUGUAUUUACCUAGUUGUAGUUUUACAGGGCCUGGGCUUUAUGCUCGUGUGGCCCCGUCUCCAUAUCUACACUUAUCCAAUCUUACUUUAAAAGUAUGCACACUC